AGAGCGGCGUCUGUGUGAAUUUGAUCUCAGACUGGUGAAUUAUCCAUGAUAUAUUCUGAUUGUAUUGCCUAUGUAGGUACCUAACCACUACCAAACUAACUGCGAUAAUGAUUAGCAGCACACAGCUCGAUGGCAUUGCCCUUAUCGUAGGGUCAGGCAGCGGGAUCGGUAGGGAAGCAGCAUUUUCUCUUGCCGAGGCCGGUGCAAAAGCUGUAGUAUUUGCAGACAAGAACGAGGGCACAGCAAAGGCUUCCUCCGAUGAAAGUAGAAAGUAUGCGAGCAACAAAGACUACCAGACUAUGACUUUCAAGAUGGAUGUCCAGGACGACAAGUCCGUGCAGGAUAUGGUGGAUUUCGUGGUUAAAGAAUUUGGCCGUAUCGACUACGCCGUCAAUGCUGCCGGAGUUGACAAUGGUCGUCACGCACCCAUCGCCGAGACGAACGUUGACAAUUUUGACCGUGUCAUGAACAUCAAUACCCGCGGCAAUCUGAUUUGCGUGCGCGCCCAGGUGGCAGCAAUGCGCAAACAGGAACCGAAGACUUGGUCCAGUAGAAAUGGUACUCGUGAUAUCGGGCGUGGAGUCAUUAUUAACCUCGCAUCCGCCAACUCGUUCGUCGGCCUUCCUGGAAAGGGUUCCUACACCAUUUCAAAACACGCGUUCAUGGGAAUUACCAAAAUGGCAGCUCUUGAUCACUCUCCAGAAGGCAUCCGAGUCAAUGCCGUGUGCCCGACCUGGGUACGGACGCCGUUGCUAGACGAGGAGCUGAGGAAGAACCCUGAGGUCCAAGGCAUGAUCUCUGCUAUCGUACCCAUAAAACGUGCAGCCGAAUGUGAGGAGGUAUCGGAUACCAUUGCAUUUCUAUGUAGUCCAGCUGCGAGCUACAUUAAUGGCGCUAGUUUGCUCAUUGAUGCUGCUGUGACUACCACGGUGCGCCUAUUUUAAUCGGGGGUUAUUGAUGUGACUGUUUAUUAUAAUGUACCCCUUUUCCAAUGGAAUGUUGGACAGGGGCGUUGGUUUAAAUGAACAUAAGCAACCACUUAAGAAGAAACAUUCCACGCCAAUUCAU